CAACUUCUUCGUCAUGUCUCAACCUUAAAAGAGAAAGGCCAUCAACAUUGUAAAUUUUAUUUAUAGAGUCGUCAGCAGUUUCAUUUGCUACGGGAAAUGAUUCAUAUUAAGUAGGAACUAAAACGCAUGAAUGUUACAAUAUAAUUGCACCAAAAUCUUUGGUGAAUACGAGCGACUAUUUUGUGUUUUGUUUUAAAUUUAAAAUAGAAAAACUUUACCCUUUUACGGUUUAAGUAUGAAAAUCAAUUGAUGUGAAAUUUAGUGAUUUUAAUUUAGUUAUGUGUCAAGUAAAUUCUAUAAGUUGCAAUGGGUUUAAGCGAAAGUUACAAAGGAAUUUAUUUAUUGUGGCAGUGUGUCUGUGUUCGCUAGUUUUGGGAAAUGUUCGAGUUGUUGAAUGUGAUGAUAUCGACGACGAUGAUGGACCGUAUCGUGGUAAAUUAGUAGGAACAUUUAACACUUACCAUCAUCAGGUGACGGGAAGUGUUUAUGCCGUCGAUGAGUUUACCUUUUUAUUGUCUGGAUUCAGUUAUGAUGGCAAUGGUGUAGAUACAUUCUUUUGGGCUGGAGCCUCAAAUCGACCGGGGCCACAAGGUUUUAUUGUUCCAGAUGAAUAUGGACACACCAAUGUGCUGGAACGGUAUUUCAACAAAGACUUUACACUCAAAUUACCUGACGACAAGAAAAUUACCGAAAUUAAGUGGUUCGCAGUCUAUGAUCUCAACAAUCAGAAUAAUUUCGGUGAUAUCUACAUACCGGAAGAAUUUGAACCGCCAACACCUCAGAAAGGAAAUAGUUUUUCGAAGAAAAGUCGCGGAGUCAGCAGUGCCAACAUCGAGAUUUUAGAUUCGAAAACUAUUAAGAUUCCAGAAUUGUUUUACGAUGGUACGGGUAAGCGAACGUAUUUUUGGGCCGGUGUCGGUCCACAGCCAUCAAGUAAAGGUGUGAAGAUUCCCGAUGAAAUGGGCUACUUGGAUCCGAUCCGAAAAUAUGAAGGUGAGACGGUCACUUUAGAGCUGCCAGGCGAUACAACUGUUUUCAACAUUGACUGGAUAAGUAUUUUUGACCUGGAGACAAACGAGAAUUUUGGUUCCAGUUUGAUACAAAGUGGACUGAAUGUUCCACCGUCUCUCGUACAAAUUCAGCCACACACUGCAGCACUGCCAAAUUGUCGUCAGCUUCACAAGAAUUACCGCGUAUCUUGGGAAGUGUUCGGACCGCAGAUAACCAUUCAAUUGGCUGGAUUGGUGAACGAAGAUGAGUAUAUGUCGUUCGGUAUUUCUGGUUCGGAAACAUCGAGUCAAAUGUUAGGUGCCGAUGUGGUGGUCGCAUAUAUUGACGGUUUCAGAGGCUAUGCAACUGACUACAACAUAACGUCGUUAGCACCAUGCGUGCAAGUACUUGGACAGAAUAAGGGUGUCUGCAGAGACGAUGUUGUCGGCGGGUUGGAUAGUUUUCAAAUUCAUACUCAUACUCGCGAAAACGGCAUCAACACAAUCACAUUUCGUCGUACCUUAAUUUCAUCCGACAAUGGUGACAAAGAGUUUCGAUUAGAUCAGGAAACGUAUGUAGUCUGGGCGAUGGGUCGCUUGGAUUCGAACAAUGAGCCAGCAUUUCAUGACAUUUAUCCAAAGAAGGAUGUGAUUAUACAUUUCAACACAAGUGAACCGGUCAAUGACUGCUUUAGUUUUAGUAAAAGUGAAACGAAUCGACCGGAUAUUUGGGAUCGUGCGCAGAUAUUCGAAAGAUCGAUUCGAACGUUUACGACAGCAUUAGGACCGGCUGGUGGAAAAAGAGGCUAUGCAGGUAUUACAGGUCAUGUAUCCAACGGAUUGGCUUGGUAUAUAAACGGACUGUUGGUUCCUGAAUUAUGGCUGCGACGUGGUUUAACGUACGAGUUUAAAGUUCGAGGUGGCAAUAAUCCACAUUCACCAGAAUACUAUCAUCCAUUGGUGAUAACCGACGAGCCUCGAGGUGGAUUUGAUCGCUUAACUGAAGCGAAACAAAAUGAAAUUCGAGUAUUGGCUGGAGUUGAAUUUACACGACGUGGUCGUCCGAAACCUACAGCAGUUGGACCGCUGUGUCUUGGGAAGCAUCCAGACACUAAAGAUCGUCGACUUGAUGACACAUAUGCGACAUUUAAAAAGUUUAACCGAACGCUCCGAUGGAGCUGCGAAGCAGGCGAUCCAGCUAUUUUACAAAUAACACCGAACACGUCCUGGCCGGACACUGUUUACUACAAUAGUUUCACUCAUGCUAACAUGGGCUGGAAAAUUCACAUUGUCGACAGUUACAACAAAAAUAGGGGAGGAAAAUAUGGCGCCCAAUGCAUUUGGAUGGGGUUGUUGUUUUUAUUUUUCAUUUAGUUUGACGAUGAAAAAUAAUUGAAAAAAUAAAUUAAUUUUGUGAUGUUAUCAAAGUCUUAUUUAUAUUAUACAGUAAAUGAUGCGUAAA